ACAAUUGCAGACGCUCCCUGGCUGGCCUGGGUGGGGCUAGCCUAGAAAAGUGACUUUCGGUUUUGCUUUUCCAGCCUCUGCGUCUGGGUCCGGGCUAGCGAAGAUCCCUGACCCCAGACCGAGAUGAGGAGCUGCGGCCUCCUGAACAGUUCCAACAAGCCGGUGCCCCUGCGCAGCGGCUCGGUGACGGUGCUGAUCCGAGGCUUCGUGGCGGACGUGGGCUGUGAGCUGCUCUACAGGAACGAUGAGCAGGGGCCCGUGGAGGCCGUGUUCGUGUUCCCCGUGGACGCCGAGGCGGCCGUCUACGCCUUCCAGGCCCGCCUGGGGGGCACCUGCAUCCAGGCCCAGCUCCGCGAGAAGAAACAGGCACAAGAGAUGUAUGGAGACGCGCUGGCCGGGGGGCAGAGCUCCUUCUUGCUGCAGCAGGAAGGGGCCGGGGGCGAUGUUUUCAGCUGCUCCCUGGGGAACCUGCCCCCUGGGGAGGAGGCGGUGCUGACCCUGCGCUACGUCUGUGAGCUGCCGCUGGAGCCAGAUGGAGCCGCCCGCUACAUGCUGCCAGCCGUGCUGCGUCCCCGCUACACACCCCAUGGGUGGGACGGGGAGGACGUCACCCAGGGGGUCCCGCGAGUCCCCCAGGGGGAGCUGCCCUACACCUUGAGCCUGAGCGUCACGCUGCAGUCACCCCACGGCAUCGACCGCGUGCUCUCCAACUGCUCCCUCACCCCCCUGAGCUACACGGCCGGGAACCGGACCAGCGCCCAGGUGUCUCUGGCCGAGGCCCCCCCGUGGGACCGGGACAUGGAGCUGCUGGUGUAUUACGCGGAGCCGCACAAACCCAGCGCAGUGCUGGAGGUUGGGUUGCUCGGAGCAGAGCCAGGCUCCCUGAUGGGCGACCCGGCCGUGAUGGUGACCCUGCUGCCCAGCCUGCCUGAGGCGGUGCCGGGCCAGAGCCCAUCCGGGGAGUUCAUCUUCCUGCUGGACCGCUCCGGCAGCAUGCAGUGCCCCAUGGGCGGCCGAGACCGCUCACCCCAGCGCAUCGACAGCGCCAAGGAGACCCUAGUCCUGCUGUUGAAGAGUUUGCCCCUGGGCUGUUAUUUCAACAUCUACGGCUUUGGGUCUCGGUUUGAGUCCUUCUACCCGCAGAGCGUGGCAUACACCCAACAGACCAUGGCCGAGUCCCUGCAGCGCAUCCAGCAGCUCCAGGCCGACCUGGGGGGCACCGAGAUCUUGGCACCGCUACGAGCCAUUUACCGCAGCCCCUGCCGGGACGGGCACCCACGCCAGCUGUUCGUGUUCACGGACGGGGAGGUGGGGAACACCCAGGACGUCAUCACUGAGGUGCAGCGUCACCAGGGGGCCCACAGGUAAAGGGGGCACCUGCCCCCCCAGCAUCCCUCCCACCCUGCCCCCAAGCGCCCUCCAAGUCCUGCCUCCCAGCGACUCCCCACCCUGCCCCCUACACCCCCCCAACCCUGCUGUCACGGUGCAGAGUGGCCCCCAGCUGAGAGUGCCAACCUCAGCACAGACUGUCGGAAGCCAGGGCAGGUUCCCCAACCCCCAGCCUGGGGGUGUUCCCUGGAAUUCGGUUCCCCAGCCAGGACCAGGCAUGCACACCCGGCUCACGGGCCAGUCUCACCACGGACGGCCCCCAUGGGGGCUCCAGCCAAACUGAUCCCCGGACAGACUGGAUGGAACGAGAUUGGGCAUCAACCCAAAGUCACAUGGUUCUCCAGGCACUGAGCCCGCUGACGGGACACUCCAGAGCUCGCCUGUGAACUAACCGCGGGUGUGUUAGCUCGGAGAAGGGAACAGCCAGCGAGAGGUUAGCGCAGUGAACCACGGAGCAGGUGAGUCGGUUUGUGAAUUCAGAGGAUGGGAGAGACGUGGGAUCUGCAUUCCCCAAGGGUGCCCCGGAAUGGCUUUGGGGACCUCAGCCUGGUGUCCAGAAGGCCCCUGAUGGCAGCCAAAGAGCUUGGAGAUGCGUGAUCGCUCCCAGGGUCCCUUUUCCUUGCUGAAAACCAUCCGGCGAGUUUCCAUCAGCGCCCAGGUCUCGCUGUGUGGCCUGAACGCAGACAGUUAAUGGCACGUCCAUUGGCCUGCGUCGGGAGCUGUGCUUUGGAGUGAACACGGUUCUGCAUUUACAUGGGCCAGGUGCCAAUGCGGGAGACACGGUGCGAUGGCUGAGACCGUCCAUCCUCACACCCCGAAACACCCGCACUCGGGAUUGCUCCAGCGGCACAAGCACAAGGAACUAUGGGGCGGGGUGAGCUCGCGAUCAGCAGGGUUACGGAGAGUUGACGACACCGCCGCCGACAUGUCUCUGGCUCUCAUGAAUUCAGAGCAGCUGUGGUUCCCAGGGCACACACUGGGCAUGUGCGACGCGCUGACACCCACUUUGCUCUGCUCUGCUCUGCCCGGUGUCCGGCUUGAGUGCGCGGGCCCUGCAGCGGGUCUGUGAUAUGCGCACCGGCGAAUUGCCCCCCUGCGCUAAUCAAUAGUAACCUGUCACAUGGCAUCAUACCUGUCCCCCAGCCCUGCCACCUGCCCCCUGGGACCUCUCAACCCUGCCCCCAGCCCUGCUGGCCAG